UUUAAAAUGGCUAAUUCCUCUGUUGUGUUGAUAUGUAUACAAAACCCAGACUUCAUCAAUAUAACAGUGACUCAUGUCUAUCAAAAUUUCAUUCAAUUUGGCACAAUCGAAAAAGUAAGACCUCUUAUUAUAUAUAGAUACUCAUCUUUGAGAGAAAUAAGCCAAUUUGGAAAGCUUUAGUUCAAUUCGAUAGUGUCCGAUCUGCUUUAAAUGCACUUCAAUUAAAUAAUACAAUCAUGCAUGGACUUUCAAUAUUAGUUUAUGAGUCUAAUCGUAAGGGUCUUGACUUCCAAGCUAGAAACUAAUAUGCAAGAUGUAGAUUCAUUAUCCUUAUUAAGAGACUACACUGCCUAACAAGUUUAAGGUAUAGUGCAUUCAACUGAGUUACCAAAGACUGAUCCAAUAAGUAAAUGGCUCCCUCAUUCUUAAAUAUUGCCUCCUUAAACUGGAAUGCCUCCUAUACCAACAUAAUUUGCAGAAGCUUUGAACUUCGAUAAAGCUGAUGGUGCAUCUGAUUAUGAUUCAUAGGAAGAAGCUACAGAAGAUAAAUAAGAAGAAUUGUAAAAAAAUUAUGAUUUAUUUCUUAAAAAGGUCCAAUCAAUUUGUAAAAUGUAUGGGUGACAAUUUAACUUAACUUUUUCAGUUCUCACCAGGAUAACGUAUUUCUACAUCAUAACAAUUACCUAAUAAUAUACAAGUUGAGAAAUAGAUCUUUUAAUCUGAAAUUCUUCCAUAAAGUAUAUCCAAUUAUUAUUUAUAACUAGAAAAAUUGAUUACAAAGGUACUUUAUGCCAAUUGGUUUGAUCCAAAAUAAACAUCCAUGACUAUGAUUUAUAAUAUUUUUAGUACUUUUGGUAACAUCUAAAAGAUGAUUUACUUUAAGACUAAAUGUAAUGUUUUAAUUGAAUAUUCAACUGAAGUUAGUGUUAAAUUCUUAUUGACUAAUUUCAAUGAAGGAAAUCCAACACUUUUUGGUUAAAAAUUAAAAGUAAUUUAAAUAAUUAAUCUAGGUGUAUCCUUCUAAUUAUGAAUUUAUUUUCUUUAGAAAUUGUGAAGAAGGUUAAUUACCAAAGAAUACAGAAGAGGAAGAGUUUUAUUUAGGAAAUGAGGCAUCAUUUAGAUAUAAAGAUAAUAAUUUCAAAUAUUUGGUAUCACCUUCUUAAUAAAUUAUGUUAACAAAUUUAAAAAAGGAAUUCUGUGAAGAAGGUAUUAUUUAUGAUACUUUUUCUAAAUUUGGAUAAAUAGAGAAAAUUAAGUAAUUAAUUAUAUUUAAUAUACAUUUUAGAAUAUUUUGUGAAGAAAAAAAUAAAAACAAAUGUCUCAUCCGUUAUUAAGAGUUAGAUUCAGCUAUGUAGGCAAUGGCAAUUAUGCAUAAUUACGAGUAUAACAAAAGGAAAAUUUAGAUUUUUUUUUCAAAAAAUAAAACUUGA